AUGUCAGACGUGGAACCAGCUCAACAGAUUGGCCCCCAGCCAGCCGAGGCUGGUCACGGUUCUGAGGACGGCGGCGGAAACUAUGAGUCUGCCGGGUACUAUGGAGGUCCGUAUGGAAGGAGCGCGCCGUACAAAAAGACUCUGUGCAGGCACUGGCAGGCGGGCAACUGCCGCAACGGCCACAGGUGCACAUUCAGCCAUGGCAUCGAAGAUCUCAAAGGCACACGAGGCAUUCUGUGCAGAUUUUUCGUGCGGGGGGUCUGUAAACACGGUGCGAACUGUCCGUACAUGCAUCCGAGCGGCAGCAGGAUGGCUUUGCCCUCGGAAGUCGGUCCCUCGCCGUACUACUCCGUUACAGGAUCUGGCCCUCAGUAUCCGCAGCCGCCAACUGGUUACAAGACAGAUCUUUGCGUCAACCGAAGCGGGCAGUGCAGCGCCGGAGUGUACUGCGGAUUUGCGCACUCUGUCGACGAAUUGCUGCCUGGCAAGUUUUCGGUUGAGGAGAUUGCGGCUCUCCGCCAGGCUGCAGCUGCGAGCAACAACUCGCAGUCCGUGUCGCCAUAUGGGCAGUACUACGCUGUGGCCGUGCGCGACGGCGGGGCGUAUGGACACCUCGGCACUUCCUCGGUCGUUGCGACGGCGCCCACCACUGUGGUCACUGGCCGCUCGGAGCAGCCGAAUCCGUACGGCGGGUACUCCUAUCCAACCACGUACUCGGCGACUCCCCAGCAGAUUCAGGUGUCGAAUGUGGCCACAGCCGGGGCCCGGCACACUGAGUUGUAUUUCCCUGCAGCUGGAUCGACAGCCUCCUCUCCCAGUGCGUCCGGGUACCACAUGCAACACCCGGGAGCAGUCAGCUCGGAUCCAGUCGCCGAUCGCCCUGUGAUGCUUCCCACCAGCAGGAAACUGUGCAAUUUCUGGCCGCACGGCUGCCGCAAAGGAGAUGCUUGCCCGUUUGUCCACGAAGCGUCUCUUGUGCAUCCGGCGGCGACGGGCGCAGACGAGGCAGACCUCGGUCGCGUUCGCCGGAUCGCGGAGGGCUGGGGCCCUUCAGGAAUCGGGAAUGUCGCUUCUAUCUACAGGGGAGAUGCAUCAGAGGCGACGCGUGCCCGUUCCGUCACCAUCGGGAGCAAGCUGAGGGACACAGUGGAGGGAUGA